AUGGACACGGUUUUCGAGAAAGAGCGACCCGACUCCGGCAAACUGGAUUUUGAAGCACGAGUUCCGAUCCCCUUCAGUGUCUUCCCGUCUGCGUAUCGGAACGCGGAAUUUAAGGAAACUACCAGCGUAAAGGUAGAAGAACAGGAAGCACAGUUUGAGCAACAGGCUUCACACGGACGGGAAGGUCACGAAGAAACCCACGAAUCCUUCUCCGCCACCGUCCUACCUCCUCCUCCGGCUCCCCAACAGCAGCAGCAACCGCAGCAGCACGACACUCACGUCAAGGAAGAGGUCCACAUCUACGAAGAGGAGCGUCUUCGUCGUCCCCAGCCUCCCCAGCAGCAGCAGUUCCAGCAGGCUUCCCAGUCCCAGCAAUUCCACGCUCAGCAGCCCCCUCAGCACCGUGAGGAGCUACAUAUCCACGAGCAAACUCGCUACCGCCAGCCCCAGCAGCAGUUCCAGCCGCCUCAACAGCAGUCCCAGCCGCAAUUCCAGCAGCCCCAGCCUCACUCUCAGCACGUUCAUCGUACUGACCGCGUAGAGUUUGAGCGAUCCCACGACCGCUACCAACCUCACCCCCAACCUCCUACCUCUACCCACUCCCACGUCGAGGUUCAGGACACAACCUACGAUAGACACUUCAAUACAGUCCACGGCCCUGCCACCGACUACGCUCCAUCUCAAAUCGACGUUACUGAACGUCAGAUCCGCGAACGUACUCGUCCCAUCGUCGCCGGUGCAAGCUACUCAAAGGAGACUUACACCACCAAGCACGAUACCUUCCCCAGCAGCAAGCACGUCGAGAGUGUCGCCAGCCACCAGCCAUCUGAGGUCCGAGUAGAAACAUCUGCUCGUUCCACUGCUGCACCCCCCAAGAAGUUCAAGCGUGAUAUGGGAUAUUACGACAACGAGGGCCAAUACCACUCGCUUCGUCAAGGAAUCUCUCACGCCGCUCACAAGGUCGCCGACCGUAUCCAACACCCCAUCCACCCUCACCGCCACCACCACUCUCACGAGCACUCUUUCCCUGGUGCCAAGUACGACGACGAACGUGAAGAGGUAAUCGUCAAGGAGAAGUACACUUCAGCUACUCCUUCUGUUGCCCCUAGCCGCCCCGUCCAAUCCGGAGCUCCUGUUGAGAGAGUCGUUCGCGUCCACUCCAACCCUUCUCCCCCCAGGUCCACAGUUUCUGCUGCUGCACCUGCCCCUGCACCUGCACCUGCUCCCGUCUCCGCUUCUAUCGCACCUGCACCAGCUUCCGCUCGUACAGUCCGCAAGAUGGCUUCCUCCAAGACUAUCACCAUCCCCUGCCACCACAUCCGCAUCGGCGAUCUCCUGAUCCUCCAGGGCCGCCCUUGCCAGGUCAUCCGUAUCACCACCUCCUCCCAGACUGGCCAGCACCGUUACCUCGGUGUUGACCUGUUCACCAAGCAGCUCCAUGAGGAGUCUUCUUUCAUCUCCAACCCGGCCCCCUCCGUCGUUGUCCAGAACAUGCUCGGUCCUGUCUUCAAGCAGUACCGUGUUCUCGACAUCCGUGAGGACGGUCGCGUUGUCGCCAUGACCGAGUCUGGUGAUGUCAAGCAGGGCCUUCCCGUCCUUGACCAGAGCGGUCUCAUCUCCCGCCUGACAGAGUCUUUCGACAACGGCCGUGGCAGCGUCCGCAUCCUCGUCAUCGAUGACGAUGGUAUGGAGAUGGCUGUCGACUACAAGGUUGUCCACGGAUCCAGGUUGUAG